GUACAAGAGAUAACCCACCAGGUGGCGUGCAAGGGGCAAAUUACGGCAACUCGAGGGAAAAAAAAAAUCUGUGUGACUAGUUAGCGCGUCUGUAGGCAACUUCAAAAAUGAGUUCGAAUUCAGGAUACAAGAAAAAGAUAUGUUAUUACUAUGACGGUGACAUUGGGAACUAUUACUAUGGACAGGGACAUCCUAUGAAGCCUCACAGAAUUCGCAUGACACAUAACCUUAUUUUGAACUAUGGCCUGUACAGGAAAAUGGAAAUUUAUCGUCCUCACAAAGCAACUGCAGAAGAAAUGACAAAAUUCCACAGUGAUGAUUACAUCAAGUUCCUUCGCAGCAUUCGACCUGACAACAUGUCUGAAUACAAUAAACAGAUGCAGAGGUUCAAUGUAGGUGAAGACUGUCCAGUUUUUGAUGGCAUGUAUGAAUUCUGUCAGCUGUCAACUGGAGGAUCAGUUGCGGGUGCCGUUAAGCUGAACAAACAGGCAGCAGAUAUUGCCGUAAACUGGGCAGGUGGCCUUCAUCAUGCAAAGAAGUCAGAGGCAUCAGGGUUCUGCUAUGUCAAUGACAUUGUACUGGCCAUCCUAGAGCUCCUGAAGUACCACCAAAGAGUUCUGUACAUUGAUAUUGAUAUUCAUCAUGGUGAUGGUGUUGAAGAAGCCUUUUAUACAACUGACCGUGUGAUGACUGUGUCAUUCCACAAGUAUGGGGAGUACUUUCCUGGCACUGGAGAUCUCCGAGAUAUUGGUGCAGGAAAGGGAAAAUAUUAUGCUGUGAACUUCCCACUUAGAGAUGGUAUUGAUGAUGAAUCAUAUGAAAGUAUCUUCAAACCGGUAAUUACAAAAGUCAUGGAAACCUACCAGCCCAGUGCCGUUGUUCUACAGUGUGGUGCCGACUCAUUAUCAGGAGAUCGCCUUGGUUGCUUUAAUUUGACAUUGAAGGGGCAUGGCAAAUGUGUAGAGUUCAUGAAAAAGUGGAAUCUACCACUCCUUCUGUUAGGUGGUGGUGGGUACACCAUCAGGAACGUGGCACGGUGCUGGACUUACGAGACCUCUAUGGCUCUUGGUGUGGACGUAGCAAAUGAGCUUCCAUACAACGACUACUUUGAAUAUUAUGGUCCUGACUUUAAACUGCACAUCAGUCCUUCCAACAUGGCCAACCAGAAUACUGCGGAGUACAUGGACAAAAUUAAGACACGGCUUUUUGAGAAUCUGCGAAUGCUUCCUCAUGCUCCUGGAGUCCAAAUGCAAGCAAUUCCUGAGGAUGCAAUUAAUGAGGAAAGUGAUGAUGAGGACAGGGAGAAUCCUGACAGUCGUAUUUCAAUACGAGCAAGUGACAAGCGCAUCACAUGUGAAGAGGAAUUUUCCGACAGCGAGGAUGAAGGUGAGGGUGGGAGACGAGACCGCACCAGUUACAAGCCUUCCAAAGCCAAGAAACCGCGAAAUGAGGAGGAGAGGAAAGAAACUGAUAAAUCUGAUGGCAAGGAAGAAAAGAAAGAAGUGAAAAAAGAGCCAGUGGAAGUGAAGGAAGAAACAAAGUCCACAGAUAAAAGCUCUGAUGACCAACCUGAUGCAGCCAGCACCGAGAAAAAAGAAAUUCUGGCCCCUAAACAGGAAGCACAAGCAGAAGUCAAAGAUUCAGAAGAUUCAGGAACAGAACCUCAGAAAAUGGAACAUUGAUCUUUCUCAAGCUUUACAUGCAUCAAAUUUGUAGCAAAGAAAAAAACAAAACAUUUUUUAACUAAGUGUCAAGUCAAAGGCAGAAAAAGGCUUAAGAGUCUCAAGGACCAAAGCAUAUGCCUGCAGAAUGUGUGUGUAUUUGUGUUUAUGUGUGCGUGCAUGCUACAGUGGAGUUUGUUUGGUUUUUUUUUCUUUCUUUGGGCAUGCAAAUUUAGAAAGCCAAUUGAACCACAAGUUGAAGAGAAUGGACACUACUGCCAAAAUGUUUAAAUGUUUGUCUCCACCAUGACAUCUUUUUAAGAAUACAGAGUGGUUGUUGGUA